UUCGUCCUAAAACUGCACACGGCUGAGAGAGAGAGAGAGCUCCCACACCAGCACCCCUCACCAUCAUUACGGUAAUCGGACGUCGAGCUGCAGGAUCUGCACCUCUGCAAUUAUGCACGGUUCGUGUCGGCUGGGACUCUCGGUGAACGCAGCAGAACCCGGCCCAGGCACAACACAGCCCCUGCAGGUUGUCAGCGUGCGUGCGGAGCAACGACUCGGGAGGCGGGCUUGUGUUGUUUAUCAAAAAUGACUCGACAUGGCUGUGGCUUUCACUCACACUGCACGGUUUUGCGAGCGAGCCUGGGAACCGUAAGCAGCAGCUGAGCCGAGAGAGCGAGGCGCCAAUCAUCUUAAUGAAAGUCAUCAGGAUUGGGUGGCCAUGGACCCAUUCAGCCAGCUCAUCUUCGCCAUCUCGGUGACCAGCUUCCUCACCUUCCAGUGGCUCUUCCACAGAGUCAGCCCCUGGAUGUCCACGCGCAUCAGCCCGGGCUUCCUUGGCCUCAGCGACAAGCAGAAGGUGGAAUGGAACUCAAGGACGGUGUCGACGUUUCACGCACUAUUGGUGGGAAUAUUUUGUCUCCACAUCCUGUUCUUCGAUGACCCCGUCAAUGAAGACCCAGUCUGGGGCGAUCCUACACUGGUGAAGACUAAUGUUGCCAUCACAACAGGCUACCUCAUAUCUGAUCUGCUGCUAAUAUUUUACUAUUGGAAGGCGAUAGGCGACAAGUUUUUUGUAGUUCAUCAUCUGGCAGCGUUGUAUGCUUACUACUAUGUACUGGGCCAAGGAAUGUUGCCUUAUUUUGCUAACUUCCGUCUGCUUGCUGAGUUUUCUACACCAUGUGUGAAUCAGCGCUGGUUCUUUGAGGUCCUAGGUUAUCCCAAGUCCUCGCGGCCCAACAUGGCAAACGGUGUGGCCAUGGCAGUAGUCUUUUUCAUGGUCCGCAUCGCCGUCAUGCCAGUCUACUACAGUCGUAUGUACGCAGUCUACGGCACUGAUGCUUACUACCUGGUGCCCUGGGGCGGCCGUGUAGCCUGGAUCUGCUCCAGUAUCUGCUUGGACGUAAUGAACAUCAUGUGGAUGCAUAAAAUUGCCCGCGGUUGCUACAAAGUGCUGCGCUCGGCACGGCGGAGCAAAGCUGGCACACCUCAGGAGAAUGGGAAGACGGAUUAAGGGAGACAGGGUGACUGUGGCGAAAAAAAUCCCACAACAGAGACAAAGUGACACUCAAGAAUGGACGAGAAGCAGUUUGGACCCUUACAUGUCAGGCUGCUUCCGUAGCACCCUACCUAGGACCUGACAUUACAGGACUGAAUGGAACGAGGGAACUUUUGAUUAUUUGUUUCUUUGAACUUUUUUUGUUUGUUUGUUUUGGAAAGCAAGCUCACCCACUGGGAUGUACCGAAGGACUGCUUAACUGGCCACCCCUUAAGCCAUGAAAUGACCUCUUAGCAAUACUCUGUGUGCAUGGCCAACUGUUUUUCUCUUGAACAAUUUACCACUUCAGAAGAGGUCAACCUGGGCCAGACGGGCUGUUGGCCCAACCACAAAUCGUCAAAAAGUUUACCGUUCUUUACACAGUUAAUACUCAACUUGUUGAGAGACUUUCUUUGUUUUUGUAUUAAUUCUGCUGCCUGCGUUGCAGAAUAAAAUAAAAAUGAGUAAAUGUGAGUUCAUGCCGAUGAAGCAAAGAUUUGAGGAACACCUCUGAAACACUCAACGAUGGUCAGUGCCAUAAUAUCAUUGUCAGAUGCUUGUUGAGGGUGACCCAAUCAGAUAACAUGAAGUGCAAUCAUGGAGAAGAAUCGGAAUUUUACUAUGUCCUUCAGUUAAGAUCUUAAUUUAAAAAAAAAAUAAAAAAAAAUAGCCAGCCUUUGAAGACAUUAAUUGGGAUUUCAGAAGUCUUUGUUGCAUUUGCAUGUUUAUUUUAUAUAAUGUAGAGUUGAACAGGCAUCACAACACUGUAUGAAGUCUAUUUCUUUUGUCUUGCUGGUGUCGAGGCAUAUUUUUAAAAGAUUUUUAAAGAUACAAAUAGGUAACUGUCAACAGUUUUUAAUGAAAAGAAGGUUGAUGUACAGAAUAAAUUAGACAUGUUUAAAGGGAAUGUUUGAAUGUCAUUGUCAGUGUUUUGUACGCUGGCAUUAAGCAGUUAGUACUUGAGGCAGCAUUUGUUGUGGUUUGUGGAUACAAACUGACAUUUUACAGAAUGGAAAAAGUCCCAUUACAUAUAAAAAAAAAAAAACCUGUCAUGUGAGACUUCUUUGUCGGCAUUAUAUUUAUUUCACGCUGUGCAAUGCAUGUGAAGGGGUAAAACUGUUAUCUAACAGUGCUGGUAUGGAAUCAGUGUCAUAAAUGCAUCUAAAAUUACGAUAUGUAUAUAGUUUUGACAUUUUAAUGGCCGCUCAGUGGGACAAACGCUCUUCAUGUUUUUCCAUCAUCAGCCAUUGACCUUUAACAUUCACACUUUGUAUUUAUCUUUUAAUGCACAAACUGUUUAAUUCCACACCCUGGCAACAUUUGCUGAUAAAGCUCCAUGCUGCGUUGCGUAUAUUCUGCAAAGAAAAUUUUGGAAAUUUGUGCCACCAAAUUGUAGUCAGCACAUGAUCAAAGUCAUUGUUUUGCGAGUUUUGGUUAUAUGGGAUAUCGGUCAUCAGUGUUUCAGAUGGUAAAAAUUCUUUAUAUUUUAAAAAUAUUUUGCUUUUGAGUAUGGUUAUACAAACACCUCUUGCCUCAUGAUACAGUGAAUAUACAAUGUCUAUAUAAUCCUGUUAAAAGGUUUUUGAGAUGUAAAAAGAAAACAAAGGUGAACCAUAUCAGAAGUAUUUGUACCUUUUUAUUUUAUUUUUAUUUUUAAUGACACUGAAAACCAAUGUGACGAUAUUCAAAGAAAAAAAAAGAUUUAAAAAGCUUAAAAUCCCCUACCUGCAUGAGUGUGCACACCAGAUUUGCAAACCCAUGGUGGUCAUAACCGAUUUUAGAUCCAAAAUUAUUUCAUCUAGAUCCAUGCUAUAAUUCACUGUAAUGGCAAAGGGUGAAAGUUUGGUACUUGAAGAUAUCCAUGUUUCCGUCCUUCUUCAUUAAAGCCCCUGGCCAGACAUGAUGCUGACACCGCCAUGCUUCAGCAUUGUUAUGGCGUUACUUUGUUGUUGUGCUGUGUUGAUUUGAUACCAUACAUACCUUUCACAUUUUGAGGCAAAAAUUCAAUCUUGAUCUCAUCAGACCGUUUCACAUAUUUCUGGUUAUCUAGUUUUGGGAAGUCAAGCAAGGCUUCGGUGUAAUUUUAAUCACGGAUAGCUGUAACAUAUAGGGAGCAACCAGUACUUACUAGGAAGAGUUUACUCAAUGUUGCUGUAAUCAAUUAAGGUCUCCCUGUCUAGUUUCCCAUUUGUCUUCCCAUUGGGGACAUUGGAGAGACCCCUCUUCUUGAUCUUAUCAUUGUUACUGCAUAUUUCCUCCACUUUAUGUGCGACAUCGAUUUUCAGUGGCAUUAAAUUUUGCUUUGAGUUACACAGAGACACAGAUAUUUCUUCUCUUUUUUUUCUUUUGCAUUGCAAAAACCUUCUGUUUUAGCAGGCGUGUAUGAACUUAAUAUCCACUGAUGUAUAGAAUUUCCAUUCAGUAGUCAAACUCAAUGGAUUCCUUAAUAUUUAUUCAUGGGAUUGCGACCACGGUUUUCCUUUUAGUGAACAUAUACAGAAAACUUUGUUACUGUUUUCUUAUCGUCAUUCUAUUGACAAAGCGGUUUCACGAAGGCAGGAACUGUUCAGUUCAAAGGUCUUCAAGACUCUCAAGUCAUGUUCCACUUCGCUGAUGAUUUGCGUACUUGAAUAUUCAUUGUAGAUGUAUUUUACUUGAGCUGUACAUCAAAAGCUUCUGUCAGAUGUUUUGUGACAAAGAAACAAAGAUUGUUAGUUUUUAAAGUAUGCCUUGCUAUGCUCAGCAUUUGAUUUUGUUGCCUUUUUGAAACAAUUUUAUGAUUGCACAGUGAAUAUUUUGUUACACCCUACUCCCCACCAUACUGAAAAACAUCUUUCAGUGAUUUACUACUUGUGUGUUUUCCAUGUCUGAUGCCUGUCUAAUGUGAUGGUUUGGCCUUUGUAAUAUAAUUUUUAAAUGUAAAACCGGCAGGUUUGUGAAGGCUGGUUGCUUCAGCGCUUUUGUUUUAGUUAUUAUGCUUUUGGAAAAUUUCAGAACUAUUGUGCGUUGAUCCAUUACGACUCCAUGGCAAACACAUUACAGUGUUGCUGAGGCGUGAUGGUAUUUUGGUUUUGUUGUUUUGUUUUCCCCCACAGAAUACAUUUUAAUACAACUGUGCCAACUUGCUACCAGGAUUUAAUAGCUGGGAUCAAUUCUGGUCACAUUACCAUCGCUGCAUAGCCUUGUAUAGCCAGACUCACAGUCUACCUAGUAUAAUAAUACUCUGUUGGGAUUUCAUUAUGGGCCGUGAUGCAACUGAAAAAAAAAAAUAAAUAAAUAAAUUAUAUAUAUAUACACACAUACAUAUGUAUUCUUGAAAUCACAAAGCAUUCUCGUCAAAUGGCUUCAUCGCUUUAAAUUUAUGUCGCUGUCAAUAUCUUUUACAACUACUUGGUUAUCCAAUGGCAGCAAUUUCCUUGCUCAGAUGAUGUGGAUGACUACAUCUAUCCAUCACCUAUCCAUAAAGCCCGUCUAAAUUUAAUUUGAUUUACCCGGCAAACCAUAAUCGGUUCCCAACAGUGUGGUUCCAGAUCAACAUUCUUGCCACAAAAAAAAAAAUAAAUAAAUAAAAAUCUGUGGUCAGGGAUGUUGAUCUGGUUUUCAGGCUAAUCUCUGCAUGCUGUGGCUUGUCACAGUAUGACAAAACUCUGUUCAUUUUAGCAGUGUGAAAUACUUCACCAUUGAUCACUGGCAAAGUGUUUGGAACAGGAUGGAUUUGACAAUUGAUUAUUGGCAGAGGCCUUGCUGGUGAUUUUCAUAAAAGAGACAGGUGUGGUGUGUUUCACUGGAAUUAAAGGACCAGUGUAAUGGAUUAAAAGUGUGAUGUUAUCGGAGAAAAAUUGUGGUAUUCAUAGCUACGUUUUCAUUAGUGUUUAAUCAACUGUACUAACUAACAGGUUUGAUUAAAUUAGCUUAAAAAGAGCGGUUCAAAUCUUUACUGUGUUGCUGCCCUAUUGUGCCACAAUGUUUCUGCAGUAACCCAGAAUGGACACAUUAAGCUCUAGCGUGAGAAAAAGAGGGGAAUUUUGCUGUUUUUGUAGGCGGGAAAGAAGGAUAAUUUAUUGGCUGCAGUCUGCUAUCUCGCCACUAGAUGCCACUAAAUCCUACACACUGGUCCUUUAACUGGAAAUGAAUACUUAUGAGGACGACAAGUCCUUUCUGAUAAAAUCAACUCUGUGGGCAACUUCAUGCAUGGUCAGUAUGGUUUUGUUCAUGCACCCUCUAUAACUGCAUGUGUUACUGCAUGGGGAUUGCACUGUAACCAAAAUAGCAUAUACAUUUACGAGACAAAUUUUAUUCUUUCUUUUCUAAGUACAUGUACAUAAUGUUUACAUAAACGUUAUUCUUGUACUGUGCCACACAAUGUAAUCCACAUCUGAUGAUAUGGUGAACGGCAUCAUAACGCAGAUAUUUAGUAUAAUAUCCAGCACAGAAAUAAUCAGUAAGGGAAUACUUGAAUACUAAUCGGCACAGUUCAAAACAAUCUGGGCAGUGCAAAUAAACAUUAAUCUUACGUGCAUCUUGCAUUUUAUGUGUACCAUUGUCGUUAAUUUAUUAAUCCAUGAGAAGCUGACCUAAAACCAAGCAGAUGCCAUGGUGGCGUAGAGCCUGCCUGGCGCUACUAUUGGCUUGUCAAAUGGCGUUAAUGUCACCCGUUAACGUUGUUUGGAGGAGAGCAGGUGGAGUGUUAAGUGACAUUCUAUGAAUGUACUGGAGAUGAGAAAAUAUUUGUCAUUUACAUUUUCAGUUAUUCUUGACAAUAAAUACCAAAUUAACUGCU